AUGGCGGCUGCCGGCCAUGACCGCAUCAGCGGCCUCUGCGACGACCUCCUGGUCACAAUCCUCGUCGGCCUGCACUCCGCAGCAGAAGCCGCGCGGACCAGCGUCCUGUCACGCCGAUGGCGCCGCGUCUGGACCAAGAUCCCGGAGCUCAUCUUCCUCGACGAUUCCUCCUCACCGGACGCCGUCGACUCCGCCCUCGCCGCGUACUCCGCACCCGAGAUGGACAGGUUCGCCGUCGGCCUCACCGACAUGUCGCGGCCCGUCUGCGCCGCCCGCGCCGCGUCGUGGCUGCGGUUCGCCGCGGCGCGCGCGCCGAGAGAGGUCCACGUCUUGCUGCCCUGCAAGGAACCCCCGCCGCUGCCGGAGGACGACGUGGAGGAGGAGCUCGAGGUGCCGAUCCUCGAGAGAACCCUUUGGCUCAACGCCAAGUUCGUGUACUGCUUCCGGAUCCGGCUGCCACCCGCUGGCGCCGGCGCCUUCGCGGAGCUGCGCAUCCUGAGCGUGACCCUGUGCCGUGUGAGCGGCGGCGAUCUCAGCCGCGUCGUAUCCAUGCAAUGCCCAUGCCUGUUGGCGCUCGAGCUCGCGAUGCUGGACGUCGACGGUGACGUCUCCAUCCGCUCCGGCACGCUCGAGCGCCUCGCGCUGCGUGCCGUCGGGGUUGGGAACCGGCUCUACGUUGCCGCCCCGAGCCUGGAGUGGCUGCAAGUCCACGGAUGCGAUUACGCGGAAGCCCGCAUCGCUGCCCCGAUGCUGACGGAGGUGGAGUGGGAUGACGGCUACGAUCCGGCUCGGCACCGCUUCAUCGGGACCGGUCGCUGUCUCGACAGGCUGGCGGUGACGCAGUCGUCUCAGAUGCCGCCACUGCUGGAGAGGUUUGAUGCUGCGGAUGAACUGAGCCUCCAUCUCUUCAUUCCACCAUUCCCCAAUGCUUACCCUAUAUUCUUGGAGAAUACAAGGAAGCUUCCCAAGUGCAAGGCUCUUACAGUGGGGCUAAAAGUAGUUGCACAUUCAAUUAAGUCAAGCUUGCUUCAUCUCCUCAAGCAAUGCGGUAGCAUUACUAAGUUGGAGAUUGAGUUGAUCCACCAUAGUGCACCAAAAGUGUCUCUAUGCGAAUAUUUACGUUGCCCUUGUGUUCAACAAGAGAUGAUGAAGAUGACAGACAAUGUCGCCCUAGAUUUGCUUGAGGAGGUAGAAUUCCAUUUCUUUACAGGAUCCGAUGAAGAUGUUGACUUGGUGAAGCUGUUGUUCAUGUGCAAGAAGACACUUAAAAAGAUGGUGAUCAAUGUGGCUGAUGAUGUAGCUAUAAGCGAUGAAGUACAUGAGAAGAUCAAGAGCUUCUCACACCUUAGCACCACACUUGAGAUCGGUGGCCCUUCGUCACAUAAGAGGGAUGUCUGCCUGUGCAAAGAGCAUGACUGGUAUUAG